AUGGACCGCUUGCCAGUCGAAAUAAGGCAACUUAUUGCUGACGUGGUGAAUCACGAGUGGCACGACAUUGCCGGACCUGGCGUCUAUGGAACUCUCCUUGUCCGCCUAGAGGAUGACAAGCCAGCUCAUCUUGACCGCGUGGUUCGGCUUCUGGACGCCACCCUAAUUCUACCGCAUGUGAAACAUGUGAUACUGUUUACAAAAGACACAACUCGUCCCGCAGCAGCAGGGGAUGACGAGAGGCUCUGUAGAUAUCUACGCCAGAGCCGCCCGGAGGAUGUCGUUGUCUCCGGUUUGGGUGAUUAUGAAGGGGAUUGGACCCCCGUCAUCCGCCUCGUGCAGCGGCUGACUCUGCUGAAGCGGUUUGAUUUCCUGAUUCACAGACAAUACCCGCUGACACUAUUGAAUAUCCUCGCUCAAAUGCACCCGCACUGUCGCGUCUCAGUGUUCCCCCGCUGCAGCUUCUACCUAGCAGAUGAUCUCUCGCGGCAGCAGUGGGCUCAAUCCCCGGCGCUAUAUGCGGUUCGGGUUAUUUGCUACGAAGAUCCAUUCUACCAGACCGUUCAUACAGAGCAUCCCGAUCGGGCUCUGCGAGAUCUCCUCCGCCAAGCGCCCCACAUCAAGCAGCUAUCCUUGCAGAUCAGCUCGAAGAGGCCAGGCAGCACGCGCGAGAGCUACACCACGUGGCUCGAGUCCCAGCCGCCGGAGAGCGGAAUCGAUGCCAGCCCUGCGCGUGCGAGGCUGGAGAUCUUGUCGUUACCGUUAAGCACCACCAUGACAGGGGACCAGUUCCAAGCGUGGUUCCGGGUGACUGACCUAGGCUACCUGACUGCGUGGACGGCUGGUGCCCUGGAAGAGGAGGGCGCGUUGGCCGCCAUCACGGACCUGCAGCCCUUCCGCGCCCUCAAGCGUCUCACCAUCUCCCUCCACCCGCCUGCAGACUCUCUACCCUCCUGGUUCCAGAAGAUCCAGGCCAUGUUCGACUCGCUUCCGCUGCUGACGUAUCUCUGCCUUCUGGGCACGUACGAUCCGACGAUUCUCCCUGCUGCCGUCCUCGACCGCCAUGGGUUAACGCUAGUCGAGCUGAAGCUACAUCGCGAGACACCCCAGUACCAGUACGCCGAGUCCACCCGACUCGCACGAAAAGGUAGCAUCGGGCCGAUCUUCCCCGCGGACGUGAUCCGUCGCAUGGCGGCUCGCUGCCCGGGGCUGAAGACGCUACGCAUCUGCGUGCAGCGCUACCGGGGCCACCCCAUCGAAACGGAGGCCUACGAAGCCCUCGGCGAAUUCCCGGCGCUGGAGACACUGGACCUCGUGGUCAACUGCCUCCCGGUCGUGCAGGGUGACAGGACACCCUUCCCGCCGCGGGAGCUGAGUGAAUACGAGCAGGGGCACAACCAGGACCGCGUACCCAGAUGGAUCGUCCGGGACUGCGCCAUCAACUGCGCGAUGGACGCCGCGCUGGCCGCGGCGAUCUUUGAGCGCAUCCACCCGCAGCCGUGUAGGGGACGCCUGCGGCUGCUGCGCCUUCACCCGCUCGCGGGCCACCACGGCCAAUAUCGCGUGGCUCCCGGUAUUAGCAAUUCUCGGGCUCUCCUGGCGCGCGGGUAUCUCAAUUUCCAGAUGGUGGGUAGGUGGCAGGUUGCUUCGGAUGCUGCCGGCCGGCUGCGGGCACAAAACCUUUAUACGCCUUACUGGGAUGGAUGGAGCUCAGCGGUGACGAGCGCGGAUCUUGAGAUCUUCGAAUCUAUCUGGCCGUUGGCCCGGGCAACCAAGAACUGGCCGUUAGACUGGCAGAGCUGGCCUUUGCAAUAG